AACUGUACUGGGGUAAAAUACUUCCCUCGGGGAAUAAGUUUUCGCAGCUUUGUUCCGCUCUUAAUUGUAAAAAUAUAAAUAUCACAACACAAUAAUCGUAAACACACGUGUACCAUACACAGUAAACGAUAAAUACAGGAGCAGUAUUUCGCAUAUAUUCAACCGGAAACGUUUUGCACGGCUGUCAAAAAAAUAGCCGUAAUUGUAUCAGGAUCUAUGUACUGUACUACUGCAGUAGUACUACUACUUCCUCUACUACGCAGUAUUUGCAUUUACUGCGCUGCUAUCUGUCCUCAGUGAGUGUGGUUACUGUGUAUCCGUGAAAUAUAGCUGAACGGCCAGAUUAUCUCUUUCUUUCUUUUAUAACCCCCAUGCCACCCAAGAGAGACGCAGGAGCGACUCCAACACAACCACCAAUCAAGAUGAUAAAAAUCAACACUGAUUCACAGGAGUUUGGCUGUGAUACAGUGGAGGAUAAGUACAGGAUGGCUGAGGAGUCCAGCUAUUCCCCUUUUCCCAACAAUGAGCAUGAAACCAUUGAAUUUGAUGAAGAAAAUAUUGCAAGCCCAGGCAUCAGAACAGACACCAUCAGUCUGCUCAUGAAAAUAGAGCAACUGCAGGCACAACUCAAGUAUGAACGCAGAUGUAGAAUUUUGGCUGAGAGAGAGCUCAGGGAGCUGAAAGAGAUGAACACACUCAUGAUGCAGAUGAGGCACACAGCUCAUGAACUGCGAGUCACUCUGGAUCACGUUCUCCAAGGAGGCGAGGUAGCAGCAGCACCGCAGACCCCUCAAGAUGAAACUAUCUCUUACCUGGCUGAUACCGAGGCAGAUAUGAGGGAGGAUCAAGAUCUCCUCCCAGACGACGAUCAAAACUUCUUGUUUCUCUCUGAGACUCUUCGAGUACCAAAAAACCUUUAUGAGCGCAUCGCAGAAAUUGGAGACUACAAAAAGUACACGUCAGCUCUGCUGAUGAUACUUUUUGACCGAGAAACGUUGGGCACACACUCUCUGCAGGGCCGGAGGAACACCUUUUCACCAGAUGAUUGCCACAAGCCGCAACUCCCACCUGAGAUCUUGAGAGGUAUUAUAGAACAUGUGGCACUCAAGUUCGGUGUUGAUAGCGGCCAAAUAAAAACUGCAAUCCGCACAAAGUUGAAUAAUGAGGACAAACUAUUAAAAAAGAGAAUGGGUAUAGGUAGAGCUGAAAGCAAAGCUAUUAUCGAUCAAAGCUUUUGCCAAGAUACUUUACUCCUGUCUGAAAACGGAACAAUGACGAACGAUUCUCAGUUAUAACCUCUUGAGUCUGGCUUCAUGUGUUGGUCACCAGGUUUUCAUGUCUGAUAGAAAUGUGUGACAGCCUUUUUAAUCCACCUGUAGUUUAUUCUGUAUUGAACUCUAGUGUUUGGAGUUAGUUAGUUUUUUCUUUUAACACUUUUUAGAAUUCUUCCAUUUUUAAAGCUAAUGUUGUCUGUCGUGUGUUCGAAAGUGAAAAGUUUAAUCUGGUGACCCAACCAAGUUUAACAGCACUAUAAAAUGUCACAUGUGUAAUCGUCAGUGGUAAAAACAACCAAGUGUUCUUAAUUAAUUUGAGGUAGUAAGUGGCUUUGUCUAAAUUACGUGAAGUCGAUCUUUGUCAAACAUUUAUACUGGUUUAACUUUUCAA